GCAUGCAAUGACGACGCUGAAAGGGAAACCACAACCAAGCGGAUAUCCUUUCCAGCCUGUCCAUACGUAUGUUAUGAAUCCCAAAUCUAUAACAAUGGGUCAGCUGUAUGGGGAGUUCGAUCUGCAGACUCAUGAAUGGACUGAUGGUAUUCUGCCAUGCCUAGUCCGUCAAGGAAUAAACGCAGAAAACAAGGAUAAACGAUGGUACGUUUUUGACGGUCCCGUGGACGCAGUUUGGAUAGAAAAUAUGAACACUGUAUUAGAUGAUAACAAGAAACUGUGUCUCAGCAGUGGAGAGAUCAUCAAGUUGAGGGAUACUAUGACUAUGAUGUUUGAAGUGGCUGAUUUGGCUGUAGCGUCACCCGCAACAGUAUCUCGAUGUGGCAUGGUGUACUUAGAACCUAGUGUCUUGGGACUAAGUCCAUUCAUCAAUUGUUGGAUAAAAAGAUUACCUGAGUUAGCCAAACCAUACAGAGACAAGUUAAAGGAGCUAAUUUAUCAUUAUGCGGUUCCCGCCAUUGCAUUACUACGUUCGAGCUUGAAAGAAAUUUUAACCUCUGUGGAUUCGGCUCUACUCACGUGCUUUCUACGCUUGUUGGACUUCCGUUUGGGCCCGCUAGCUGGUAGAGACAACAAGCCGCCUCCUGCAACUCAAUUUUUGGCUCUUAUUCGAGGACUACUGGUGCCCUGGGUAGCGUUCUCUUUAAUUUGGUCAGUCGGAUGCACAUGCGAUAACGAUGGGCGUAUUGUAUUUGACAGAUGGCUUAGGAAAAGGAUGGAGGAUGCCAAACAUAAGCCUUCAUUCCCUGAAGACUCAUCCGUCUAUAGCUUUAAGCUCCACGAUGGCGGCUUCACAGAUCCAACUGACGAUGGUGAACCCUCACCACCCACAUGGAGAAGCUGGAUGGAAAAUACAGAAGAAUAUAAAAUUACCGUCGAUAUGAGGUAUUCUGAUAUUGAGGUACCAACAGUGAACAACGUCAGAAACGCAGAACUUCUUGGAAUUAUUCUCUACAAUGAGGACAACGUGCUAUGUGUGGGACCAACAGGAACAGGCAAAACUUUAACUGUUAUUGCGAAACUUAGCAAAAACAUGCAUAAAAAGUUUAUCUGUGACUUUAUGAGUUUCUCUGCUAGAACUACUGCAAACCAAACGCAGGAUCUGAUUGACUCUAAGUUAGAUAGGAGAAGAAAGGGGGUAUUUGGACCUCCAGUACUGAAGCGACAAGUAUUUUUCAUCGAUGAUUUCAAUAUGCCUGCUCUUGAGGUGUAUGGAGCUCAGCCGCCUAUUGAGCUGAUACGGCAGUGGAUGGACUUUGGAGGUUGGUAUGACAGAAAAAACAUUGGAGAUUUCCGGAAUAUAAUCGAUGUAAAUUUUGUGGGCUCUAUGGGACCUCCUGGUGGUGGAAGGAAUCCUGUCACAGCUCGACUGCUGAGACAUUUUCACUAUUUGACAUUCUUAGAAAUGGAAGAUGAUAGUAAGAGGAAGAUAUUCGGAACGAUCCUAUCCUUCUGGUUAAGUAGAGCGCCAGAUUGUGCUGGAUACUACGAGAAUAUUCUAUCCUCGACACUAGAUGUAUACAGUACCAUCUUGCAUGAAUUGCUACCAACUCCUGCCAAAACUCACUAUACCUUCAACUUGCGCGAUCUCAGCAAAGUCUUCCAGGGAUUAUUGAUGUUCGACGCUGAAACACUGACGGGCUUGCACGAAAUAUUAAGACUAUGGUAUCACGAGUGUUGUAGAGUAUUCCAAGACAGACUUGUAAAUGAUGAAGACCGUGAGUGGUUUGAUCGUUUAUUGAGAGCCAAGAUUGCAGAGUAUUAUGGAAUAAUUCCUGAAAAUGCUCUAGGAAAUGAAGCUAUAUUAUUUGGAGAUUUCAUGGAUCCUUCUGUCGGUGCUGGCUCCUAUGUCCAGAUAACAGAGUUUGAUAGACUCUCUGAUGCAUUGAACUUUUACCUGGAAGACUACAAUAAUCAGAGUACAAAACCCAUGAAGUUAGUGCUAUUCCUGGAUGCCAUCUCCCAUGUUUGUAGAAUUGCACGGAUAAUGAGACAACCUAUGGGGAAUGCUCUAUUGUUGGGGAUGGGAGGAUCAGGAAGGCAAAGUUUGACAAGACUUGCAGCAUUUAUGGCAGAGUACAACUGCUUCCAGAUAGAGCUGAGCAAAUCUUAUGGAUCAAUUGAUUGGAGAGACGAUAUUAAGCAAUUAAUGCUCAACGCUGGUUUGAUGAAGAGAGAAACAGUUUUCCUCUUUUCAGAUACCCAGAUAAAGUCGGAAUCCUUCCUGGAGGAUUUGAAUAAUAUUCUGAACUCCGGAGACGUACCAAAUAUCUAUCAGCCAGACGAAUUGGACAAAAUCUAUCAAGGAAUGAAGGGCACACUCCAGGAACUUGGUCUUGCAGCGACAAAAUCCAACUUGUUUGCUGUCUAUCAAAAGCAAGUUAGAUCCAACUUACAUUGUGUUAUUACCAUGAGUCCUAUAGGAGAGGUGUUUAGAGCAAGAUUGAGACAAUUUCCAGCUUUAGUUAACUGCUGUACUAUUGACUGGUUCAGUCCUUGGCCUGAUAGUGCUUUACAGUCUGUAGCCCUCCAGUUUCUCAACGAUGUAGAAAACCUGAAUGUAACAGAAGAAAUCCUGCAAGGCAUUGUCUUCGUAUUUCAAUACAUGCAUGCUAGCGUUGUAGAAGCCAGCGAGAGGUUUAAACAGGAACUAUCCAGACAUAACUACGUCACACCGACCUCAUACCUGGAGCUACUAUCAAGUUAUACUGAGUUGAUGAAUAAAAAGAAGAGUUCUUUGACUGAAGGAGUCAGCAGACUUCAAACUGGGUUGGGAAAGCUACAAAGUACCGCCGAAGAGGUGAAGGUACUACAAAUAAACUUGGAAGUCAUGAAACCAGCAUUGGAAGUGGCGGCUAGAGAUGCCGAUACAAUGAUAACAAAGAUUGCUGCUGAUACUGCUAUAGCGGAAGAAACAAAGGCAAUAGUCGAAAGGGAAGAGGAAGAGGCUAGUAAAAAGGCACUUGAGACUCAAGCUAUCGCUGAAGAUGCGCAACGAGAUCUUGACGAGGCAAUGCCAGCUCUGCUAGAAGCUGAAGCCAGUUUGAAAUCUUUGAAUAAAAAUGACAUUGUUGAAGUGCGGUCAAUGAAGCGUCCUCCUGCCGGUGUCGUCUAUGUUAUCGAAGCGAUUUGUAUCGUGAAAAAUAUCAAGCCUAAUAAGGUUCCCGGAUUUAGGCCAGGUGAAAAACUUCUAGAUUACUGGGAGCCAGGUAGAAACAUGCUAUCCGACCCAGGAGCGUUUCUGACAUCUCUCAUGAACUUCGACAAAGAUUCCAUCACCGAGGAUAUGAUAGAAAAGUUAAAGAAAUAUGUUGACGACCCACUGUUUACACCUGCUAAGAUUGCCAAGAUAUCGAAAGCUUGCACUUCACUGUGCAUGUGGGUGCACGCAAUGUUCAAGUACUACUUCGUCAACAAAAACGUGGCACCUAAGAAGGCUGCGUUAAAGCAGGCGAAAGAAGAUUUGGCGAAAACUGAGAGGAUUCUAGCGGAAGCUAAGGCUAGAAUGGCAACUGUAUUAGCUGGUUUAGAAGAAUUACAAAAACAGCUGGAUGCGAAAAUAGCUUUCAAGCAAGAAAAAGAACAAAGCAUCGCUUUCUGCGAAGAACGAAUGAAUAGGGCUGUCAGACUAAUAUCAGGCUUAGCUGAUGAACGUGUGAGGUGGACAGAAACGAUCGAGAACAUCGAAGCGAACGUAAUAAAUGUUACAGGGGAUAUCUUGAUAUGCUCGGGAUGUGUUGCGUAUCUCACUCCUUUCACUGACUCCUACAGGAGACAGCUCUUCAGUAGCUGGUUGCAACGAAUCUCAGAAUUUCACAUACCUUAUACCGCAAAUUGUACACCUGUCUCCAUUUUGGGAGAGCCAGUCCAAAUACGACUCUGGCAACUAGAUGGGCUACCCAGGGACUACCUAUCCGCAGAAAAUGCUGUCUUGGUAUCAUGCUCCAGAAGAUGGCCGCUAUUUAUAGACCCUCAAGGUCAAGCGAACAAGUGGGUCAAGAAUAUGGGUAAGCAAAUGGGCCUCGCUGUCUGUAAGUUAGCAGACAAAGACCUGAUUCGUACCCUAGAAUCCGCAAUACGCUUCGGCAAAGCUAUCUUGAUUGAGAACGUAGGUACAGAGCUCGAUCCUGCGUUAGAUCCGGUACUGUUACGACAGAUAUUCAACCAAAGUGGUACGAUGGUUGUGAAGCUUGGAGAUGUCGUAGUACCUUACGACAAUAACUUCAGGUUGUAUAUCACUACCAAGCUGCCAAAUCCACAUUAUACGCCAGAGGUUUCUAUCAAGGUGUUGUUGGUGAACUUUACCGUAGUACCAAGUGGUCUACAAGAUCAGCUACUAGCGCUGGUGGUCAUGCAAGAAAGGCCGGACUUAGAAGAGCAAAGAAGCCAGAUCGUGGUCAGCAUCGCUACAAUGAAGCAUGAAUUAAAAGAGAUUCAAGACAGGAUUUUACUGAAGCUGAGUACAUCCGAAGGAUCUCCUUUGGAUGAUUUAGAUUUUAUUAUUACCCUAGAGGCUUCUAAGUUGAAAAGUGAAGACAUCAAGAACAAAGUAGAAGCCGCAGAGAUAACUCAAAUAGACAUAGACAACACAAGAGCUCUGUACAUCCCCGUAGCAAACAGGGCACAAAUCCUCUUCUUUUGCUUGGCGGAUUUGUCAAACGUCGAUCCCAUGUACCAAUAUUCCCUGGAGUGGUUCAUCGCCAUAUUUGUGUCCAGUAUGGCAGAAACCGAAAAAACACCUGAAAUUAACUUAAGAGUAAGGACAAUCAACGACUACUUCACAUUCAGUUUAUACAGCAACGUUUGUAGAAGUUUGUUCGAAAAGCACAAGCUACACUUCGCCUUCCUUCUGUGUGUCAGAAUUCUGAUGGACUACGGGAAAAUAAAUCCUGGUGAAUGGCACCAUUUCCUGUCUGGUGGUUCUCCUCUAAGGGAUUUGCCGAAUCCAGCGCCUGCCUGGUUAUCAAGCAAGUCUUGGUCCGAGAUAUUGGCUCUAGAGCAUUUGCCGUCAUUUCAACCAUUUGUAAGAACAUUUAAUGAUCACCUAGCCCAUUACAAGAAGAUUUUUGAAAGCCAGGAACCCCAUAGAUUCCCCAUGCCAGAUCAUUUAGAAAAAACCAUGGAUGACUUCCAGAAAAUCGUGGUGCUAAAAAGCCUUCGUCCCGACAAGGUGAUCAACGCAAUGCAAGAUUUCCUGUCUGCCAAACUGGGCAAAGAAUUCAUCGAGCCCCAAUCCUCGGACCUCUCGGCGAUGUUCAAAGAGUCCGGUCCGGCAGUGCCAUUGAUAUUCGUGCUGUCCACUGGUACCGACCCAGCUGCUGAGCUGUACAAGUUCGCGGAUAGGAUGAAAAUGUCAAAAAGGAUGUUCUCUAUAUCGCUGGGCCAGGGGCAGGGGCCUAGGGCGGAGAAGAUGAUUCAGAGCGGAUGCGAAGUGGGAUCGUGGGUGUUCUUUCAGAAUUGCCAUCUAGCCCCCAGCUGGAUGCCCCGCUUGGAGCGAAUCAUCGAAGGCAUCUCCCCGGAAAUGGUGCACCGCGACUUCCGCAUCUGGCUGACAUCCACCCCAUCCCCCCAUUUCCCGGUCGCCAUUUUGCAAAGCGGCAGCAAAAUGACAGUCGAACCGCCUGCAGGCGUCAAGGCCAACAUGAUGAGGGCCUACCGGAACGAGGUGUCCGAAUUGGCCGACUUCAUGCAGUCAGAGAACAAGAAAGCGCCACCGUUUAGGCUAUUGGUAUUUUCUCUCUGCCUGUUUCACGCUGUGAUUCUGGAAAGAAGAAAAUUCGGGCCCUUAGGCUUUAACAUUCCAUACGAGUUCACCGAUGGAGAUUUGAAGAUUUGUAUUUCGCAGCUCCAUAUGUUUCUGGUGGAAUACGAGGAUAUUCCGUUCAAAGUUUUAACAUACACUGCAGGGCAUAUCAACUAUGGUGGUCGAGUCACAGACGAUUGGGAUCGACGAUGUCUGAUGAAUCUACUAGCAGAUUACUACAAAGCAGAUGUUGUCAGUACCGAUUAUGUUUUUGACAAAAGAGGAUUCUAUUACCAGCUACCCCUUGACACCAUGUUCCUAGACUACAUCGAAUACAUCAAAACAUUUCCCAUAAACGAUGAUCCUGACGUGUUUGGUUUGCAUCCAAACGCAGACAUAACCUUCGCUCAAGCCCAAACUUACCUUUGCUUAGCCACGUUGCUGAAGCUGCAGCCUAAGCAAGUUGGUGGAGCAGCUUCGAGUCAAGAAGAAGUGACAUCAAAUGUUGCUAGAUCGAUACUGGAGACGUUGCCUAAGUUGUUCGAGUUGGAUAAGAUAUCGCAAAAAUACCCAGUGCUGUACGAAGAAUCUCUAAACACUGUCAUAAUCCAAGAAGCCAUACGAUACAACAAAUUGCUAGUCGUCAUUAAAUCAUCUCUAAAUGAUCUGCUGAAAGCUCUAAAGGGGCUGGUGGUAAUGUCAGAGGCUUUGGAGAAAAUGUCUCUGAGCCUGUUUAGCAAUUUGGUACCAGCGAUGUGGGCUAGCAAGGCGUAUCCUUCACUCAAACCUUUGGCUGCCUGGGUUUCCGACUUGAAGGCCAGAACCCAGUUUCUGAACACAUGGGUAGCAGAGGCUAUACCAGCAGUUUUCUGGAUUUCUGGAUUCUAUUUUCCACAAGCUUUCCUGACAGGCACCUUACAGAACUAUGCUAGGAAACAUGUAGUGUCCAUCGAUACAAUCAACUUCGCAUUUAAGGUUUUGGCACAACCUCCACCAAAGAGACCGAGCGACGGUUGUUGUAUAAGAGGUCUAUUCUUAGAAGGUGCUAGAUGGAAUCCUCAAAUUGGUUUUCUAGAUGAAUCGAACCCAAAAGAACUAUACACUGAUAUGCCAGUGAUUUGGUUGAUCCCAGAAGAAAACCAUAAAAAACCUUCAGGUGUAUAUGAGUGCCCUGUAUAUAAAACCCUAACAAGAGCUGGUACUUUGUCUACUACAGGACAUUCUACAAACUACGUGCUAGCCAUUGAAGUGCCCAGUAGAGAAGCAGAACCUCAUUGGAUCAAAAGAGGAGUCGCUCUGAUAUGUGCACUGGACUAUUAGGACAUGAAAUGUCUUAUUAUGUACUUAAGUUUGCAUUUCUUUAAGGAAAUAUAUCAUAAAUUGAAC